AUGUCACAGCAACAGAAGAACGACUUCUCCGAGAAGCUGAUGAUCAGCGCCGAUGGUCAGCUCAAGGCAUCCCAGAAGAUCCCCCAGAUUGCUAGACCCUUUGUCAGCGAGAAGGCGUUGAAGUAUCUCGACAUUGUAAGUCUCUUGCCUCCUACUUUGUGGCGUCAGACACUGACACAUGUCUCCAACAGGNUCGAGAAGUUUGUCGAAGAAGAAUGCAUCCCCGCCGAUGCCGUGUUCCAACAACAGAUUGGCGACUCGACAGCUGAACGCUUCAGCGGCCAUCCAGCCAUCAUCGAAGACCUCAAGAAGCGUGCAAGAGAGCUAGGACUAUGGAACAUGUUCCUACCAAAGAACCACUUCAAGGAGGGAGCCGGCUUCAGCAACCUCGAGUACGGUCUCAUGGCCGAGUACCUGGGCAAGAGUCGCACCGCUUCCGAGGCCACCAACUGCGCCGCCCCCGACACUGGAAACAUGGAGGUGCUGGCCAAGUACGGUACACAGGCUCAGAAGGACAAAUGGCUGAAGCCUUUGUUGGAAGGCACGAUUCGCUCUGCCUUCCUCAUGACCGAGCCUGAUGUCGCCUCGAGUGACGCCACCAACAUUACCCUUGACAUUAAGCGUGAGGGCAAUGAAUACGUCCUCAACGGCUCCGUAUGUUACAUCAACUCUCUAAAUUGGGUCUCUGCUAACAGUCGUCCCACAGNNAAAUGGUGGUCAUCAGGUGCUGGCGACCCUCGCUGCAAGAUCUACAUCACCAUGGGCAAGACGGACAAGAACAACCCUAGCCCCUACAAGCAACAGAGCGUCGUCCUCGUCCCGGCAGAUACCNCCCGAGUCACAAUCCACCGCAUGCUCGGUGUCUUUGGUUACGAUGAUGCCCCUCAUGGUCAUGGUCACAUCUUCUUCAAGAAUGUCCGCGUACCUCUAGAUCACAUCGUCCUAGGCGAGGGCCGUGGUUUCGAGAUUAUCCAGGGCCGUCUGGGUCCUGGCCGCAUCCACCAUGCCAUGAGAAGCAUCGGUGCUGCCGAAAAGGCUCUCGAGCUCUUUGUCGCUCGUGUCAAUGACCCCCGCAAGAAGGCCUUUGGCAAGCUCUUGAAUGAACACGGCGUCAUGAUCGAGCGCAUCGCCAAGUCGCGUGUCGAGAUCGACUCCGCCCGCCUCUCAGUCCUAAACGCCGCAAUCACAAUCGACACCAAGGACGCCAAAUUCGCCCUCAAGGAGAUUGCUGAGGCCAAGAUCCUAGUCCCCACCAUGGCCUUGACCGUCAUCGACCGCGCCAUUCAAGCUUACGGUGGUGCUGGUGUAUCACAAGAUACACCGUUAGCAAACAUGUAUGCUCAAGGCAGGACCAUGAGGAUCGUAGAUGGUCCUGAUGAGGUGCAUUUGUUGCAGCUGGGCAGAAACGAGAACAAGAGGGGUCAAUUCUUGUUGGACAGAUUGGCGUGGCAGAAGAAGAAGAGUGAGGAGAUGGCGGCAAAGCAUGGUAUGCAGCUCAGGGACGUGCUGCAGUUGGACCGUGUCAUGUCCGAAAAGGCCAAGCUCUAG